AUGAUCUCUUCGACAAUAAAUAGAACAUUAACUACUAAUAAUGCUCGCAUUUUUAAUAUAUCGCCAUCUAGCCAUGCCAUUUAUUAUCUUGAUAUGCAAUGUACAUCGAACAUGAAUGAUUCUUCGACAUUAAAUCGCGUUCAAGAAUUUAAUGCUAUAUUCAAAAACAGAAUAUGGAAUCAAAAUGAAAAGGAGAGUCGAUCAGGACCAGGCUCUUCACUGGAAGGUGCUUUUGAUUGGAUAAGACAUUUACGAUCAUUAUUACAACAUACUCAUAUUCGAUCUAUAGCUGAUAUACCUUGUGGUGAUACUUAUUGGCAAUUUAGUAUUCGAGAAAUCAAUACCAUUGAACAACUCUAUUUUGGUGGUGAUAUAUCAACGCAUGUUAUCGAACAAAAUAAAAAACUAUACGGAUCUCCACAUCAAAAUAAGUUAUUUCACUAUUGGGAUCUUGUAAAUUGUCCAAUACCAACAUUUUCAUAUAGAAAUUCAACGCAUCAAAUUCCAAAUCACAGAUUUGAUUUAAUUAUUGUUCGUGAUGCUCUUCAACAUAUGCAUAUACGAAAUGCUUUGAAAGCUGUAAGAAAUAUUAUUCAAUCUGGUGCAAAAUAUUUUGCAUUGAGUACUUAUCCACCAAAUGACAAAUCUUCAGCGGAGAAUAAAAGAUCAAUAGAUAAAAACGAGUCACUACCAAGGCAACCAUUAGGUUGUGAAACUAAAAAUUAUUGUCAAUUAGGUGCUAUCAAAGAAGGUGAUGUAUACAGAAAUAACAUUAAUUGUUAUCCAUUUAAUUUUCCAUUGGAUAAAGCCAUUCUCGUUCAACCAUCACAUGAAAAGUUUCAAAUGGAACCUGAUGAAAUACAUAUAUAUAUAAUUGAUGAUGAAUUAAAGCAAAUUGUUGAACAGUAUGAUAAAGCAUGUAUUAUAUAG